UUGUAGGUUCAUGACUACAUUUUUAGUCGAAAGAAAACUAACAAAAUCAAUAAACAAGUGAGAAAUAUCAUACUUUAUCGUCCAAAUUAAGCACGUUGGUCCGGAACAACUCUGAAGAUUAAAACUAAGUAAUGCCGUGUAGAUUUGCAGCGCUUUCAGCGUGCUGCUUCCUUUUUGCAGUUUUUCUGUCAGUUUCCCACAGCUGCCCUAUAGGGUAUGUCGGUUCACCAUGCACAGUUCGUCGAUGUGAAUCCCUGAUUGCUCCAGCCAACGGUAUUAUCGUGGGUCAGUGCCUCAGGGAAUACUCAUCGGUUUGUCGCAUGCAGUGCUAUGAAGGCUACGUAGCUGUCGGUAGUGUGGAACGAAGGUGUGAUGUGAGUCCUAGUAAUGUUAUGGUAUGGACAGGCUCACCGCUGCAGUGCAUAGUUCGUCGAUGUGAAUCCCUGCUUCCUCCACCCAACGGCGUUAUCGUGGGUCAGUGCCCCAGGGUAAUUUUGUCGGUUUGUCGCAUGCAAUGCUAUGCAGGCUACCUAGCUGUCGGUAGCGAGGAACGGAAGUGUGAUUUGAGAGCUAAUAACGUUAUGGAAUGGACAGGGUCACCGCUGCAGUGCGUCGCUCGUCGAUGUGAAUUCCUGUUUCCUCCAGCCAACGGCAUUAUCGUGGGUCAGUGCUUCAGGGAAUACUCAUCGGUUUGUCGCAUGCAGUGCUAUGAAGGCUACGAAGCUGUCGGUAGUGUGGAACGAAAAUGUGAUGUGAGCGCUAAUAAUGUUAUGGAAUGGACAGGCUCACCUCUGCAGUGCGUCGUCAUCAGGUGCCCUGCUCUGUCCGUGGCAUUUGCAGACCCUCCCUCUGGCGUUUGCACGUCUCCAUCCCUUCAGUACAACACUCGUUGUACCUUUGCAUGCCAGGCCGGAUACAGUUUGAAGGGUUGCAAGGAACGUGUUUGUCAGCUUGAUAAAUCCUGGUCUGGAAAUCCCACAAGCUGUGUGGGUAUGUACGAUACACCAUUAUGACUCCCAUAGCCCUUAACAUAGUAUCAUCAUGCAUAGUGAACCCUGUUAUCAGAAAAUUAACCAAUGUGAUUCCUGUCGGGGCGCACGAUCAGAAAACGGGAGAUUGUAACCUUAUUUGUUUCUUUUAAAAAUGCACUUAAAUUGCAGAUUUUGUGAUUGACAAAUAGGUCAUAAAAGACAGAAAAAGCACGAGCAAACAAACAAACAAACAAACAAACAAACAAACAAACAAAAAGUCAUAAAAACGAACAAGAAAACAAAUAGUCAAAAAAAAAAUAAACAAAACAGUCACUUCAAAAUAAGCGUGCUUUAAAAUGGAAGCAGCAAUAUAAGCUUACAUGACUAAGUUGUUUGUUGAGUAGGGAUGCGUGGUUAUUUAAGAGGCUGUCUAUGUAAGAACCGACCACUGAUUUUACUUCGAAGAUUCGAUUUUUCUCAUAAGCUGGGAUUUCAAAGCCCUUACCU